CCAGGGUAUAAUAAAUUCUAGUUUUAUUCAAAAAAAAAACUUAGUUUUUUUUAACCCAAAAAUUUUAAUUUUGACUAUAGAAAUAAACUCGAAAACAUGAAUUUUCAUGGAAAACCCAACUUGUACCUUAAUAAAUCUGCCCCUAAUUCGUUUGUAGUUAGGAAAUAAUUCAUUAUAUAAUACUAGAAGGGCAUUUCAUUCUAUUCAGUCAAAUUACAUCAAUUCAUUGAUAAUAUUUCCACAUAAUGUAUAAUAGCAUGUAACACUGGUUAUGUUGUAUUUUUUUGGUUAUAUGUUACAGUUGUGGGAAAGACUGUUCCAAAAGCUACUAUUAUUCCGUCAUGGAGCGGCAAAAUGAAACCUUUGUCACAGAGUUCUUUCUUGUAGGAAUCCACGGUGUUCAUGACUACAACAUUUUGCUCUCAUGUGUGUUCCUCGUGAUUUAUAUGGCAACAAUAGCAGGGAACGCUACAAUUUUCUUCCUAAUUUUUUCUAGCCAAAGUCUAAAAUCACCAAUGUACUUUUUCCUAAGUCACUUGUCUUUAGCCGAUAUUUGUCUUGCGACAAACAUUGUUCCUAACAUGUUAUAUGUAAUUAUGAAGAAAGGUGGCACUGUAUCCUUUGUGGGCUGCAUAACACAGCUGUAUCUUUUUGGAGUGUUUGCAGUUACAGAGUGUCUUCUACUGGCUGUAAUGUCCUAUGAUCGAUUCCUGGCAAUCAGUUAUGCUCUCCACUAUGCUGGUAUCAUGAACCCAAGGCUUUGUGUUCAUUUGACCUCUUGUUCUUGGAUACUGGGUUUUAUCCUCACCAUGAUCACUGUUGGUCUGGUGUGGGAGCUGAGGUUCUGUGGUCCCAAUGUCAUUGAUCAUUUCUUCUGUGAUCUCGUUCCUCUCUUAGCCCUUUCCUGUUCAGACAUUUCUUCAGUGACAUAUUCUAACUUUAUUAUUGCUGCUCCAGUAACGUUGUUCCCGUUUGUGUUCAUACUCAUGUCCUAUGUCAGAAUCUUCCUCACAAUUUUAAAUAUACCAUCCAGCACUGGGAGGCAGAAAGCCUUCUCUACCUGCAGUUCUCAUCUCGUUGUUGUGUGCAUUUAUUUUGGGACUCUAAUAGCGCAGUAUGUUGCUCCAUCCAAAAGCCAUUCUGAGGAUUUAAAACAAAUCCUGUCACUUCUUUACACCGUUGUGACUCCUCUGUCCAACCCUGUCAUAUAUAGCAUGAGAAAUCAAGAAAUAAUGAAGGCUUUGAUAUCAUGUAUCUGUAAAAAUGUGAGGUAUUCUAAAACAUAUUAAUAUUCUUUUAUCACUAUUCAACUGGACUUGUACAGAUUCUGAGGGUAUCCCCCAGGUUAAAGGAACAUUACAGCGUCACAGCUCAGUACAUCGCAUUUACAUCAAAUGUAUGUUUUAUAUCUACUGUAAUUUAAGUGAUGUAUGUAAUAUAUGUAGUGACAGUGAAAAGAUCACCCACUGGAGCCCUGCAGAUUAAGAACCUCAAAAUUGACUCCAGUUCAUGCUAUUGAAUCUGAAGUUUACUGCCUUCCCUAACAGUUUUCUUAUACAUAGAUGGACU